AUGCGCUCGAAGCGAUGGCUGCGGCCCAGCCGUAGCAUGAAGCUUAUCGUGCUGGCACUCGGCUUUAUUGCAUUCGCUCAAUGGAAGCAACUCUCCUUCCUGCCUGCCAGCAAGCCAUCCAGCAAUCUCUCAGCUGCACGCCUGCAGCAAGAUCUCGCGACGUGUGCCAAGCUCCGGCAUAAGCCCCAGGACCCAAUUGGCCUCGGUCGCGAGAAGAACGCACGAUACGUCGACGGUCAAAAGCCUGCUCUCAUCCGGAAUGCCACCAUCUGGGUGGGCGAGCCCGCCGAGGGAACUUCCCCCGAAGACGACCGCGCCGGCAAGGGCUACUCCUGGGUCACCGCCGAUGUUCUCAUUGACUACGGUCUGAUCCAAAAGGUAGAGGCCGACAUCUCGCUGGACUCCCUGCCCAAGGACACCCAGAUCUGGGAUGCCAAGGGUCGACAGCUGACCAGCGGCAUUAUCGACAUGCACUCUCACGCCGGUGUUGGAGCUCUGCCCGAGCUCAAUGGCAACCAGGACGUCAACGAAAUGUCCAACGAUAUCACGCCAUACGUGCGCUCCAUCGAUGGCCUCAACCCCCUCGACCCGCAGAUCCAGGUCAUCAAGUCUGGCGGCGUCACGACCUCGCUUGUCCUGCCUGGCUCUGGCAACAACAUCGGCGGCGAGGCCUACGUUAUUAAGCACGCCGUCGGCAAGCCUGACGGCCGCACCGAGUUUUCGGCGGAGGACAUGCUGGCCGAUCCCGACCGUAACUGGCGCUACAUGAAGAUGGCUUGCGGAGAGAAUGCGAAGCGUGUCUAUGGAAAGGUUGGCCACAGUCCCUUUUCUCGUCUUGGCGAGAGCUGGGAGUUCCGCCACGCCUUCGAGCAGGCCGCGAAGCUUGUUCGCGACCAGGACGACUGGUGUGACGCCGCUGAAAAGUUCGGCGUCGAGUCUCAGGGCUCUUAUCUGCCUCAGGACCUGAAGUGGGAGAGUCUCAGCGCUGCGCUCCGCGGCCAGGUGCACAUUAACACGCACUGUUACACGAUUCCCGAUUUGGAGGCGUUCGUUGACCACACGAACGAGUUCAAGUUUCCUGUGCGGGCUUUCCACCAUGCCCACCAGACCUACCUUGUUCCCGAGAUCCUGAAGCGAACUUGGGGAGGCCGCGCGCCUGCCUCGGCGCUAUUUGCCGACAACAUGUACUACAAGUCCGAGUCCUAUGUUGCUUCUGAGUAUGCUGGCAAGAUCCUCUGGGAGAACGGCCUCACCCCUGUCUACGUCAGUGAUAACCCGGUUUUGAACGCCCAGCACGUUCUCUUCGAGGCCGCAAAGGCCUAUAAGUACGGUCUGCCUUACCAUGCAGCCCUGGCUAGUGUGACGUCUGCCCCCGCCGAGCUCCUGGGUCUAGGCCAGAGAAUCGGCAAGAUCAAGCCCGGUUUUGACGCAGACAUUGCUGCGUGGGACAGUGACCCUCUCAGCGUUGGAGCCGCCCCCGUGCAGGUCUGGAUCGACGGAGCAUCGCAGUUCUCUGAUCCUUUCGAGCUCGACAAGCCUCUCACCGGCCCCAUCUCCCCCGACCCGGAGCUGGCAAAGAUCGCGGAGGACACUGCCGACCUCAAGGAUGUGAUUUUCACUGGAGUUGCCAAUGUCUGGCUUUCCGGCGAGGAGAAGACUUACAGCGAUGAGUCGGUCAAUGUCGUCGUCUCCAACGGCGCCAUCAAGUGCAUUGGUGCUUGUGCCGAAGAGGUCGCAGCUGCCAAGUCAUCGUCGCAGAAGAUAGUUGAGUUGAAGAAUGGCUAUGUCACUGAGUCUUUCACCGCCUUCGGCUCCAGCAUCGGCCUGAACGAGAUCGACGGUGAAAGGGAUACGGACAAUGGCAACAGCCCCGGUUUCAGUCGCGGCCUCGACGGGCUUGUGCUGGACAACAAGAAGCUCCAUGUCGCACUCCGAUACGGCGUAACCAAGGCCAUCUCCGCCCCGAAGUUCGCCGGUCAGGCGACCCACUCCGGAACGAGUGUUGGAUUCAACACGGGUGCUCUGCAUGCCCUCGAGAAGGGCGCUGUCUGGACCGAGGAUGUCGCACUCCAUCGCACUCUGACACUCGACGCCAAGAGGGGCGAGAUCCCUUCCAUCUCUGGCGCGAUCGGCGCACUUCGUCACACUCUGUUGGAAGCAGUGGCCUCCAACGAUACCGGCUCAGACCCGUUCUCAGAGGCCGUCUACCUCAAGAAGGUCGUCAACGGAGAGCUGCCCUUGGUCCUGACGAUCCACAGCGCCGACGCCAUCGUUGCGGCGCUGAGGGUCAAGUCCGCGGUCGAGGAGGCCCUGGCAGCCAAGAGCCAGACCUCAGCGUCGCCGAAGCUCAAGGUCGCGAUCAUCGGCGGCGCGGAGUCGCAUUUGGUCGCCUCCGAACUGGCCGAGGCCGGUGUGGGUGUCGUUCUGUCGCCGUUCCAGUCCUACUCGACCACUUGGGACCAGAGGCGCUCUCUCACCGGUGCGCCUCUCACCAACGGCACUGCGAUUGACACCCUGCUCGAUGCAGGUGUCGUGGCUGCGAUCGGGCUGGAGGAGGAUUGGCUCAUUCGCGACCUGGGCUUGCUGGCGGGCAUCGCGUACAAGAACGGAGGCAGCCGGCUCAGCCAGAAGAAGGCGCUGGACUUGGUUUCCAGCAACGUCUACAAGAUUCUGGGCAUCGAGGAGCCGCAGGCGAGGGAGUCUCGCCACUUUGUCGUGUACGAGGGUAGCCCGUUGGAGAUUGAGGGAAGAGUUCGGGCGGUUGGUAGCGGCCGUGACACCGUGUCGGUUUUCGUGUAA